AUGGCUUUAACCUUAUCCUUUGACAAGGCUAAAUGCUCCAAUGAUGCUCUCAAGCUUGCCAAUAAUUUGAAACUGGCUUUUGCCAAAAAAUUGGCCAAGGAUGAAAUCAUUGUCGAUGAUGAUGCCAAUUCGGUUGAGCUGACCGUUGCAGGCUCAGAUUUUCGCUUGUUUAACACUAAUGCCAUCCUAAGGUAUGUUCUAGGAGACUUUGACGGUUUAGAUUCACCAGAAACCCACUAUGCUGUUUCCUCAUUGGAGGCCGUGUUAUACCACCCUAGUGCUCCAAGGGAACAUGUUGACGAAACUGUGGUAAAGGCAUUGGAAAAUUAUUUGACAACUUUGAAUGAACCAUUGACUGCCACGAGACUAAUUACUUUUUCCAACGCCUAUGCUUUAAGUCCUGCCUUGGUGGAGACUAAACUCGGAGAACUUCCUGAGCUCUUUGCAUCUGUCAUUGCAGUUGCCAAGUCUGCUUCACCUCGUACUUCUUAUAGCGUUGAGCAUACAGGCAGUGUCAAUGUCAAUACAAAUCUUGCUGUAAAGGAGCAGGGCCCUGAGAUUUUGCCCAAGGAAGGAGAACGGAAUAUACUCAUUACAUCGGCUCUGCCAUAUGUGAACAAUGUUCCUCACUUGGGAAAUAUUGUGGGUAGUGUUUUAUCUGCGGAUAUCUAUGCUCGUUAUUGUAAGGCCAAGAACUAUAAUACCCUUUUCAUCUGCGGUACUGAUGAGUAUGGUACCGCAACGGAAACUAAGGCUCUUGAAGAGAACUGCACUCCUCGCGAAUUGUGCGACAAGUACCACAAAAUCCAUAAGGAAGUUUACGACUGGUUUCAAAUUGGGUUCGACCACUUUGGUAGAACGACCACAGUUGAACAAACUGAAAUUGCCCAAGGGAUCUUCAAAGAUCUGGAAAAGAAUGGCCUUUUGGAAGAGCGCUCUAUGAAGCAGCUCUAUUGUUCUGUUCACAAAGCUUAUUUGGCAGACAGAUACGUUGAAGGUAUUUGUCCCAAAUGUGGAUAUGAGGAUGCUCGUGGUGAUCAGUGCGACAAAUGCGGCGCUCUACUAGACCCAUUUGAACUUAUUGAACCCCGCUGUAAACUGGACGGUAGCACGCCCGAACCUCGUUUCUCUGACCAUGUUUUCCUUUCUUUAGACAAGCUAGAAUCUAGAAUCAACAAAUGGGUGGAAAAAUCUUCAACCGAAGGUGGAUGGAGCAAAAACUCCAAAACCAUCACUAAUUCAUGGCUGAAAGAAGGGUUGCAACCCCGUUGUAUCACAAGGGACCUUGUCUGGGGAACGCCUGUGCCCAUGGAGAAGUACAAGGAUAAGGUUUUGUACGUUUGGUUUGAUGCUCCAAUAGGUUACGUCUCAAUAACUGCUGGAUACACUAAGAGCUGGGAAAAAUGGUGGAAAAAUCCGGAGAAAGUCGACCUGUAUCAGUUUAUGGGCAAAGACAAUGUUCCUUUCCACACUGUUAUCUUCCCGGGCUCCCAGUUGGGUACUGGCGAAGAAUGGACCAUGCUACACCAUUUGAGCACCACAGAAUACUUGCAAUAUGAAGGUGGUAAAUUUUCAAAGAGCAGAGGAGUGGGUGUGUUUGGAAACAACGCCAAAGAAACUGGCAUUUCACCUAGCGUAUGGAGGUAUUACUUGGCGUCGGUUAGACCGGAAUCUAGUGACUCUCACUUCUCCUGGAACGAUUUUGUUGCAAGAAAUAACAGUGAGCUUUUGGCGAACUUAGGGAAUUUCGUAAACAGAUUGAUAAAGUUCAUCAACGCAAGGUAUAACGGCGUCAUUCCUGACUUUGACACGAAGGCGCUGAACGAUUUUAGCACACUGAAGGAAGACCUAGAAUCAGUUUUGAAGAAUUACAGCACCGAAAUGGAGCAAUCCCACGAAAGACGUGGUUUAGAAUUGGCUAUGGCCUUGAGCGCACGCGGUAACCUAUUCUUGCAAGAAAACAAGCUCGAUAACACGUUGUUUGCGGAGUUUCCAGCGAAGUCUGAUGCUGUUGUAGGCGUCGGUAUCAACAUUGUUUACGCUGUGGCCUCAGUUAUCUACCCUUUCAUGCCGGAAACCUCUGAAGGAAUCUACAGGAUGCUGAAUGCCCCACCUCUCCGGAUUGACGAGACUUUCCAUCUUGCUAUAGGUGGCGGACACAACAUUAACAAGGCUGAGUACUUAUUCAAACGUAUUGAUGAAAAGAACAUUGAUAAGUGGAGAGGCAAGUACGGUGGACAGAACAAUUAA